AGCAUAUCGGCCAUGGUGUCCAGCGCUGUUCAGAUAUCUGCAGAGCAUGUUCUACAAAGUGAGAUCACUAGCGUGAUCAGCGCGAUGCGCAAGAACUCACGUUGGGCGGCUUAUGCGAGAGCACAACGGUUCGAGCGCGACCACCGGUCGGGCAGAGGCUACAGGAUCCCACACGAAGUUGCACUGUUCACGGCAUUUGGAAAGUUGAGGAAGGAGGUCAAGGAUGCGGAUGACGUCAUGGAGAUGCCUCUCCCGCAGAUCCUAGCACCCUUCCUGGCCGUGUUGAACGCCUCUUCCUGCCCAUCAACUAUCACGCUCGCAACUAUGACAUCCCUUCACAACAUACUGAAGUCACCUCUCAUGGGUCCGAGUACCGCUUCGCUUCCUCAGGCGCUCACCACCCUGUCCACCGCACUUGCAAAGCUCCGGUUUGAACCGAGCGACACUACGACAGACGAGCUCCUAAUGCUAAAACAGCUGGACCUGAUCUAUGAAGUGUUUUCGAAUGAUAUUGGGAGCAAGCUUGGGAACCCUGAGGCAUGCGAGCUGCUCGAGUGUGUCCUCAGCAUGUGCUACAGAACGAAGUUCACUGAGAUGCUCAGACGGGCAGCAGAAUAUACAAUGCACCGUCUGAUCCGGCUUGUCUUCGUCAAGCUCGCUAGCAUGGACCCGGAAGUCGAGGAGCAGGAGCUCGAGCGGGAAGAAGCAGAGUUCAAGCUCGCAUCUGGUGUUGCUGCGCCUGCUGUCACCGUAGGAGGUGAGGCGAUGAGCCUCUCCGGCUCGGGAAGCAUGGACGAUAUUGCCAUGGUGGCCAACACGGACACACCAUUGGAGAAAGUGGAUGCGGCGAGCGCCGGGCUGGAGGAACCGUCGACGAAUGGCAGUGAGGAGGUACCGGAGGUGAAACCACGCGCUUCGACACCGACGGGCGCUACACCCAACACGCCAUACAGCCUCAUCACGCAUCAGUCACUAAUCGUUGCACUGAUCUCUUUGCUUUCCCCGCAUCCACCAUCACCGCCCAACCGAACUCUCGUGACGUUGUCUCUCUUCCACACUCUGCUUCUCUCUUCCCCGCAUAUAUCAGCAUUCCCCGCUCUUCUCACCCCCCUGCUGGACAACGGAUGUCGGAAUCUCUUCUGGCUAGUCAGGAGCGAUCACCCCGGUGUACAAACUCUGGCGCUCAAGGCCGUCUCCGCUCUUUUGGAGAUAUUUCACGGCUCGCAGACCGGUGCAUACCAGCGCGAGCUGUUCCUCACACACUGUUUGGACCGGCUACAGCCUCCGCCGCCACAGCAAGGGCAAGCGAACCUCACGCAGUCACCAGAUCAGAAUUCACGCUCGUCCUCCCCUGCACCGGCUGCACAAGUCCGUCCCCCUGGCUGGCUUGCAAAAGGCGACACUCGCCUCUUGCUCCUCUCAGCCCUUGCACAACUCGCCAAUAGUCCCAGCUACUUUGUGGAAGUCUUCGUGAAUUGCGAUUGCGACGCCGGCAGCGAGGACAUGUUCGAGAAACUGAUCACCUUCCUAUGCACGGAAAUCACACGAGGAGAGGUCGAGGGCUCGGAGGGAAGGGAGAUGUGCACGGACAUCCUGCUUGGGUACGUUGCAGGUUUGAACGGAAGGAGCGAGGGAGAGGCCCAGCCCUGGCCUGACACCUACACCGCACCCUCGGAUCUGCUGGAAGCCCAAUCUCGCAAGCGCCAGCUCAGAGCCGGUUCAACACUGUUCAACCAGAAGCCCAAGCUAGGGCUCGCAUUCUUUGAAGAAAACGGAUUCAUCUACACAGACCCUAGCGAACCGAAGCCUCUCAGUCUCGCGAAAUUCUUAAAGACGUGUCAAAGGCUGGAUAAACGGGUGCUGGGUGAGUAUCUCGGUGCACUAGGGAACGAGGAGAUAUUACAGGCGUUCUUGGGCCUAUUUGCGUACGAAGGGAAAGUCAUAUCAGAGGCCUUGCGCGACAUACUGGAGACUUUCCGUCUCCCUGGAGAGGCGCAGCCAAUCUCGCGGGUUACUGAGGCGUUCGCAAAGGAAUAUCGAGCUAAGGGAAAGACUGAAAUCAAGAGCGACGAUGCUGCAUUUGUGCUUGCGUACUCAGUGAUCAUGCUGAAUACGGAUCUGCACAACCCUCAGAACAGCAAGAAACGUAUGACCCUUGAGGAGUAUGGUCGUAAUCUACGCGGAGUAAAUGAAGGCGAAAACUUCACCCCAGAAUUCAUCUCCAACAUCUAUGACAGCAUCAAAAAGCAGGAGAUUAUCAUGCCUGAAGAGCACAUCGGACAAGUUGGUUUCGACUACGCAUGGAGAGAGCUCAUGAUUCGAUCGAAGAACAGAGGUCCUCUCAUGACGACCAAUUCAAAAGCAUUCGACGAUCACCUUUUCUCGGCCUCGUGGAAGCCGGUAGUUGGUGCCGUCGUACAUGCCUUCAUCACCGUGGAGGACGACAACCUAGUUCAGCGUCUAAUUGCAUCGCUCCGCCACCUUACUUCUCUGGCAGCAAAGUUUGACAAGCCAAAAGUCUUCGAUUACAUCGUUUCUCUUCUAGCAGAUGCCACGGGGUUGAUCAAGACCGAAAAUACGCGAGAGGGUGAGGAGCCAAAGAGCAAUGGCGGCAACUAUCCCUUGGUUCAGGUUGAUGAUGUCAAGGUCACGGUGUCGCCCCUAUCUAUUCAGUUUGGAAAGAAUUUCAAGGGUCAGUUGGCUGCUGUUGUCAUCUUUUCUCUGCUGUCAUCACACGUCGACUUGUUGAGAGAGAAUUGGGUCCAGAUAUUCGAGAUUCUGAAGAGCUUGUUUCUCGCGUCUUCACUUCCUCGGGCUCUGCUUGAAAUGGAAGACUUUCUUUCGGGUGACACUGUGAUUCCUUUGAAAGGGUCGUCCCCUCCUGCAGAAGAAGAGCAUCGAAGCAACGAAGGGGGGUUGCUGUCGACAUUGUCUGCCUACUUGCUCACCCCCUACGGGGCUUCGUCUGAAACCGUGGCCUCGCAACCCACUCAGGAAGAUGUCGAGAACACCAUGUCCGCUGUCGAUACACUGGAUACGUGCAAUAUGGAGAAGGUGUAUGCAGCUAUCAUGAAACUUUCCGAUGACCCAUUGCUUGCUGUGCUUCGCGCCAUUCGAACGACCGCUGAUCGCACCACCAUCGAUAAGCUCAACACGAAGACACCGAGCAGGCAGAGUCAGCUGCCGUAUGACCCGACGUCAUUAUUCUUCCUGGAAAUCAUGGUCAGCAUCGUAUUGAAGACCCGCCAGCAGAUUAGCGAAACAUGGGAGAUCGUGUUUGAGUACAUCUCCGUGAUUCUCUCCCACUCGGACAAGUUCAGCAUCCUCUUGGUAGAGCGUACUGUUGUUGCAUUGCUCAAAUUAUGCAAUGUUGUAGCAGAAGAGCCAAAACUCCACGACCAACUCUAUGUGGCUUUCGACUUGCUGGGAGCAUUGACGCCCGUAGUCAAAGUUGCCGUCGGAGAACAGCUCAUGAUCGGCCUAGACAAAGUCAUCCGUGAGCAUCGAUCAGUUAUUCGUUCGCAGACCGAGUGGCGUGUAGUGCUUUCCCUCCUUCGGCCCCUUGUCAUCCACGCAGACGCUGCCAGGAUCGCCUUCGAUACGGUUGAAAGCAUUGUCACUAACGAGCAAGACGACGUUGUCACGAUAGACAACUACGGAGUUCUCCUGGUCACACUGCAAGAUUUCACCAAUGCGGCUGGCCAAGCAGUGGCGGGAAGACAACAACACCUUCGACGACUAUCUGCGGCCGAGGGUGCUGCCUUAGAUGCGGCAGUCCCAAGAGGGACCCGGGCAAUCGAACUAAUGUUCGAUAUGAAGAAGUUUGUCCCUCAACUGGUUCACCAUGGCCCAGGAGACGAACCUGUGCCGGAGAGCGAAGUCUGGGAGACGUUGUGGCUGCCGCUGCUCACAGCACUACAGAACCAGGCGCUGAAUACGAGCCGAGAUGUACGACACACCGCGAUCGGGCACCUGCAACGACUCCUACUUUUACCUCAAAUGUCCGACACACUUCCAGACACUGCAACCCUCUUCGAGAAAGCCGUUUUCCCGCUGACGAAGGAGCUGCUCAAACCCCAGGUCUACCUUCGUGACCCGCACGGGAUGUCGGAGACGCGCAUGCGCGCUGCGGGGUUGCUCUGCAAGACGUUCCUCCACUAUAGCAUCAAGCUGCACGAAGAGGGACACUCAAUCGACAAGCUGUGGGUGGAUGUGCUAGACUACCUGGACAAAUUCAUGAACAGCGGGAAGCACGAUCAAUUGUACGAAGCUGUCCCGGAAUCCCUGAAGAAUGUCGUCCUAGUCCUGCACGCUUCCAACGUUCUGGUCCCACCUUGGGAACAACAAAACGCCCAUGCUCAGCAGCUGUGGGUCACCACUCAGCAGCGCAUGGAUCGCUUCCUUCCGAGCUUCUUAGAGGAACUCAUCCCCCCGCCGCCGCCAGUCCCACAGCCGGUACAUCACACUCCUGACCACGGGCAUGGACCUGCCCCGGCGUAGCGUGAUUGAGCUCAUUGGAGCAGACAAAAUGGCAACUCGUGAUUUAUAGCAUACUUGCAUUGUUAAUACCCGCAGUCCAUGUGUACCAUGUGUACGAU